AUGGUGGCCAACGACUACCUAGCAUGGCAGCGCUACAUCCUCGCCCUUUCCACCGCAAUUAUGGUUUGUGGUCGUUCAAUCGCGAAUGGCACAACCCCACUAGCCUGUCAUUGCAUGCCACAAGACCCCUGCUGGCCUGAAGACCAUAUAUGGGCUCGAUUCAACAACACAGUAGAUGGCAGGUUAAUCGCGACAAUCCCAAUCGCCAGUGUCUGUCACAUCGACUCAUUCACCCUAUACGAACAAUCACAAUGCGCACAACUUCAGUCCAAUUGGGGUUUCGCAGCAACGCACUAUGAAAGCCCAUCAUCAGUAAUGGCCCCGAUCUUCACAAAUCUAAGCUGCAAUCCCUUCUCGUCAAAGACCUCGCCUUGCACGAUCGGUAACUACGUCCAGUACGCCGUCAACGCGACAGACGCCGCACACGUGCAGAAAACAAUUCAUUUCGCAGCUCGUCAUAACAUCCGCCUUGUCAUUCGCAAUACUGGACACGACCUACUUGGGAAGUCCACUGGGGCGGGAGGGCUAGCGAUCUGGCUGCAUUACAUGAAAGAUAUCUCGAUCGUUGACUACGACUCCUCAGAAUAUGCCGGCAAGGCGAUAAAAGUCGGAGCUGGGGUUCAAUCAUUUGAAGGUAGCGAUGCGGCUUAUAAGGCUGGACUUGUUAUCGUGGGAGGGAGCUGUACAACGAUCAGCCUGGCUGGGGGAUAUUCUCAAGGCGGCGGACAUAGCCAACUAGCGUCUUAUGUUGGACUCGCUGCUGAUCAGGUUCUGGAAUGGGAGGUUGUUCUCGCGAAUGGGGAUUUGGUAAUUGCGUCACCAUCGGACUAUCCAGAUCUGUAUUGGGCGCUGUCUGGCGGAGGUGGAGGGACUUACGGUGUUGUUGUGUCGAUGACAAGCAAGGCUUAUCCAGAACUGCCGACGGUGUCGGGAAACCUUUCAUUCUCAGAUACAGGUGUAUCGCGUGAUACAGUCUUUGAAGCGGUCGAGAUGUUUAUAUCCAUUCUCCCGUCAAUCGGGGACGCUGGGGGUGCGAGUGUUUGGUGGUUAACUAACACUACACUGGCGACGACGCCUACUACCAUUCCCGGUGGCACGGCGACACUUUUCAAUUCUCUAUUCAAUCCUUUGAUUACAUUUCUGGAACGGAACAACAUACAGCACAGAUUUUAUGUAAAUGAUUUCCCUACAUAUUACAACGCAUUUCAGACGAUGAGUCCACCAAACAACAUAACAGAUCAACUUCUUGGUGGUCGCCUGAUUCCAAGGUCUGUAGUCGAGCAAAGCCUGGCUAGUCUAAAGACCGAAUUCCGUAAUAUUGUCGAAAGAAAUGCCGGAUUUCUCAUUUCAGGAAUUAUGGUUAACUCGUCUCGAGUUUCAUAUCCCGACAACAGUGUUAACCCAGCCUGGCGACAUGCGCUGAUGGAUGUUGUAAUCGGAGGUGCGUUUGACUAUGCUGACUGGGACAGCAAUGUCGCUCGACAGGCUGUUAUUACGGACAUUAUUAUGCCUCCGCUAGAAGAAUUAACACCCGGAAGUGGCGCAUAUUUGAAUGAAGCCGAUCCAAAUCAAAAAGAUUGGCAACAGGCGUUUUAUGGGGAUAACUAUGACAGUUUGCUUGAAAUAAAGAGAAGGUAUGAUCCGGACAACAGGUUCUACUCUUUUAAGGGUGUGGGUAUUAUCGGAGUGGAUGAUACUACAGAGGAAUUAUAA